AUGAGUGAAGAACCACUGUGCAAAAGAAUGCAAGUGAAAGUGCUCUACUCCUUCAACGACAGUAAUACGGUGUUUAUGUCGCGUUCAGCUUGUCAACAUCAAGUCAAAGUGGUCGAUAUCCCCAUGUGGAACUCAGAUAACCUGGAAGAACAAAUAGUCCUGUUAGGUGCUUUCGAUUUGAAAGCUUGUAUACAACAAUUGGUUCAAUCAUCUCCAGAGAAUUUUCGAUUGUCAACUGAAGAUUAUGCCGUAUACUAUAAGGAUAUUACAGAACAACCAGAAGAACCUUAUGUAGCCAAUGGUGAGUUAUCAAAGUUAUUGGAGUCUGCUGAUACUUAUUUAAUCCCCGGUAAAGUAUGUCAGAAUUACUCAGCAAGAGCUUUGUUUGGGAAUUCGUCAAGUGCUUCAUCGCAUACAUUGGAAGUCAGAUUAAAACUUCAUACAAUCACAAGUCAAUCAAUACAGCUGCAGUUACAACCACAACAACAGCAACAGAAACAACAAGUUAAUUCCAUUCCAAUGAAAAAUUCAUCAUCAACUACUCCGGUCUCCACUACUGCAUCACCAAUAUUUUUAAAUGAGUCCACUACAGUGAAAAGAUCUACGAAUGAUCACCGGUCACAAUAUGUUGUACCCAAACGUCCUCGAAUUCAAAGUAAUAAUCAACCACAACCACUACAACAACAACCAACACGAUCGUCUGCAUCAUCAUCAACAAAUGUUGGUGCCGUUAAAGCAACAAGGACAAAGUCUUUGCCGAUAUUCUAUAAUCCCCAUAAUCAAAGCAUAUUUAAUAUCAUUGCAGCUGAUAAAAUGAAUACCCAAUCCAAAUACGAUUCAAAGAAUAUUCAAGACCGUUUCAAACUGGCUCCAUUUCUUCGAGAUAAGGUUGUGGAAAGCUCUGGAUUUGUCACUUCAAGACAAAAGUCAAUGGAACAACCUCAAAGAGCAAUGAGAACGAGAUCCAUGUUAAAUCAAAGAGUUGUUGAUGACUCUCGAGUGAAACCUCAUAGAAUUGAGGAAGAAGAGGAAGAAGCAGAAGCAGUAAUAGCAGAUGCGCAAACAGAAGUAUCGGAAGAAAUUAAUGGAUCUAAUUUCAUUGAUGAAGAUGAUGAAGAUGAUGCAGAUUAUGUUGAAGAGGGAAAAGAAGGUGAUGAUUAUGAUCGUAACACAAAUAACACAACAUUUCAAUCAUUACCAGAUCUUGAUGAUUUGGAUUCCAAAAAGACUCACACUUUGCCCAAUAAUAAAUUACCUCAUAAUCAUGGACUUAUUUGUGUUAACAACAAUUGUGCCACCAAUGAUUCUAUUGCAUGGAGAUAUUUUGAAACAGGAUAUCAUCCCAAUUAUCAUCAAAUACAUAACGCUACUGAGUUUUCCAAGGAGUAUUUUGAUGGAAUGUUUGGACCGUUAUGUAACGCCUGUUACUUAUUUCUAAGAAAUAAGGGUUUCAUGAGACCAUUAUCAGUUGUCAAAAAGUAUUUACAACAGCAAAGAUAUAAGCGGGAAGUAAAGCAGAAGGAGGAGUAUGCUGAAAGACAACGAAUAAGCAAUUCAAGAAAGCAACACACAAACUCUAACAAAGGCAAGGUUUCUUCAAGUUCUCCACAUAAAUUUGCUACCCCAUUGCAUACUCCAUCAGCCAUUAAUCAAGUGAUACAGAGUAAUUCAAAGAACAAUCGAGCAAACAAUAUCCCAUCUGCUUCAGAUGCAAGACUCACGCCCAACUAUAAUGAUUUGAAUGAGUUUAUGAAUCAAUUAAAUUCGUUUGGAGGUCCUUUAACGGACAUCGAUAUGCCCAAUCAAGAUCCGGGUUUGACACCACCUAUGAUAGCCACCAAAUCGAAUACGAGAGUAAUCAAUCUAUUUGAGGCUGGUGGAGAUCGGAAAGCAAGUGUUGGUGGUAGUAAUAGUGAAGAAUCCUUAGAUCAAAUUAUUCAAAAAUCGUUAAAUGAAACUGGUUCAAGUCCCAAUAAUGAGUGGAUCGGCAAUCUAUUUGAAAAGACUCCCAGAGAUCAAACACCAGGGGAAUCAAAUAAUAAUCGGACCCCAUUAGAUGAGAUUGAAAAUCAAGAUACAACAAAGCUUGAUUUGUCAGCACAUCAUACUGGUUUAGAUUUUUCUGAUGAUCGUAAUGAAGGUGUUUCCAAAAUAGCCAAUAUGCCUUCGUCACCAUUGAUGGGGGGAGGACAAAGAAAUGGAGACGUCUUCACCAAUGGGAUGCAUACUGAUUUGAGUUCCUUAGUGGAAAAUAACCAUCUGCUAUUCAAUUCUUCAUCACCAAAUAAGGCUGUUAGACAUGACACAACCAUGUCGUGGAGUCAUUAUAAUGAAGCCAAGAGUCUUAAUAGGAAAUUGGGGUCCACUCCUAAUGGUGAUUAUUAUGAUCAAGAGGAGAUUGUCAAACACAAAUAUACGCUGGGAACUAAUAAAAAUUUGUUUCAACAACAAACGGAGUAA